AUGGCUGAUGGACAAGAAAGGCUUGACAGCGUUCCUGACUUGUCGGUGAUCUCGGCGGACUGCGAGGCCAUUCCUGUGAUGGAUGAUUUCGAAGUUGGCGUAGAGUUUGCCGACGACGAAAAUGACCAAAUGGUGGCGGAAUGCGAGGGCUCGACGCGGAAUACACAGAUCGCAACCCGCAAUGCCCUUUCUGCGAUGCGUUCUUACUGCCAGGGUCGUCACGUAGACAUCGACAACAUAACGGACAAGUCUCAACUUCUUGACAUAUUGUGCGAUUUCUAUAGUAACGUUCGCAGGCGAGAUGGUACUGUGUACUCGAGAGGAUCGAUGUGUUCCAUUAAGUGGGGCAUAGCGCGGUAUUUUUUCCGCUCCAGACGAUGGGACAUCGUUAAAGAUCCGUACUUCGUACCGGCAAAUGCCGUGUUUAAAGCCCAGUGCUCGCAGCUGUCUCGACAAGGCCGAUGUGCAAUAAAGCACCGGACAGAAGUAACUCCGGCAGAUAUACGCAAGUUAUACUACGGGCCGAUUACGAACACUAGUACUCCUCACGGGCUACAGAAUAAGGUCUGGUUAGACGUAAUGAUGUACUUGAACCCGGGAGGCAGACAAACGUUGCGGAUGCUCACGAAAGAGGCGUUCAUCAUCGGGGAGGACAACGGGCGCGGAUACAUACACCUGGACAGCGCCUUCCACGAAGACAAUGGCUUUACUAAUGCAAGUAUUACGUCUGGAAGGAUGUGUCAACGACCAGGAAAUCCAAGGUGCCCGUAUGCCAGCUUCAUGAAGUAUGCAUCAAAGUUGUCACCUCUUAUCAAUGCAUUCUGGCAGCGUCCGUUUGAAGCAGCAGAAGAGAGUGACUCGAUCUGGUACAACAGUACUGCAGUCGGAGAGCAUUUUCUUGGAGGCAUGAUGCAGAGACUUUCUAGGGAAGCAGGACUCUCUCAG